GUUUGGCGAACCUCACGACUUUGUGAGAAAUCCAACAUCGAACCAUCCAUUGCGCACACCACACCACAUCAAUGGCUGCGAGAUUGCUGUUACGGCCAGGCGCCACUGCGAAGCUUGCAGCAGUCGGUGCAGCUGGUCUUGUGCUCUAUCCAACCUCAGAGCUGCACGCUGAGACAUCACAAGAUGAUGCGCCUGUGCCUCCGAAAGUGCGCAAGCCCAUAUACGAUGAUGAGGUAGUCGAUCUACCCUCGCCCUCGGAAUCGAAAUCCUCGUCGCCAACACCGACUGAACGAUUGACGGCGCAAGUUGCCCGAGCACGUCUCUUUCUACACAAAUACGCCGCAAAGACGGAGGAUGCAGCCAACGAUGCCCUCGCAAAGUCGUUUGACCUCGAAAGAUCGUUCACCUCCACCGUAGCCUCGCUAGCGCCGCCAAAGGAGUCCAACGAAAAACUUAUGCCGGGCCUGAUAUACGUCCUCGUCUCUGCCAUGGGCUCAUCGAUAUUUGUACGGAACCGUAACAUUCUGCUGCGCGCUUCUGCGCCCCUCGCGGUCGGCAUCGGCGCCGGCUACUACUUCAUCCCCAUCACGAUGGGCAACGUCGGCGAGCUGGCGUGGAAGUACGAGAGCAAAUACCCAGCGCUGGCUGACACGCACCUCCGAGUCAAAGAGCGCAUUACACGGUUCGUGCAGACGGGCAUUGCGCACUCGAAGAUGACGGUGGGCAUGGUGGAGGACAAAGUCGGCGAGGCGAGGGAAAGCGUAGAAAAUUGGGUUAGCAAGGGUAAAUAGACGGUCCUAAAACGAGCCAGGUUCCUUCCCGAACUACUUGCUUCUUUUCUAUGUUGUAUCAUGCCGCAAGGAAACAUUUGUAGACAAUAAUGCGGGCGAGUAUUGAAGAAUCGGUGUGAGCCGGCAUCUUUUUUUUUUAA